UUUACACACAAGAUUCUGGUAAAUCUUCCACUCAAAAGUGCUAAAAGGACGCACCUUCUGCACACUCGGUUUAUAUACAAAGCACUAAUCACAUUUCCUUGAUUCUGUAGCCUAAUAAUUUCAAGUCAAAUGCAGUGAAAAAUCAAAUAAGAACAACAUUAUAUAAUACAAAGCACUAAUCACAUUUCCUAAUAGCCAUUGAAUUACAUAAACUCAUCCUUUGACAUAUUCAAGACACUACUAAUACUAGCGUAUAAACCCAUUAAAGUAUACGGCCCAUCGGCCCAUAACAAAAAAAAAUUGAAAAAUAUAAACAAAAAUAUCUUUUUAAGAGUUUGUUACUUUGUCAGUCCCGCCAAGCAGAGACGGAGAGAGAAUAAUCGUCGGAAGAGAGAAACGCCGGCGAUCUGAUCGCCGUCUCCUCCUCAUCUCCGCCAGUUCGUCAAUCUCUUCUCUGUAUCCGGAGCUGUUUGCAUACUCGGAACUUGAGUUUCCGAUGAUUCAUCGAUUGCUAGCUGCUCAUUGAUUCGUUGAUUCGAACUAAAAUUCGAGUUUAUAGAUUCGUUUGCAAUCUCCAUGGAAUCUCAGAACUGAUCGCUCGUUUCGUUUUUUUGGACUUUUGUUCAUUGUUAGCUUAGAGUUUUGAAACUAGCGAUCGUUGCAUCAGAGAUUGACGUUUGAUUCAUAAGCUGAAUCUCAGAUUCGCGAAUCUCGUUUGUGGAAUCGUGAAUUGAAAUCGAAACAGGCGUUUGAUUCGUAAAAUCAGUUUUAGAUUUACCGAAUCAGUGUAUGAUGAUCGAUUCGGAAAUGGUAGUCAGCUGCGGAUUGUUUUAACUGAUCAUUCUGUAGAUUCUCUCGAUUCUACUAUUGUGAUGAUCUGUUUUGAAAAUCUCUACUUGUUUGCGAUUCUUACUCUUUAUUGAAGAUGAUUAUGAUCAGGUUCUAAAAAUUUGCAGGACUGACAAUGGACAAAAAGAAAAGCAACAAGGAGAAGGGAGGUUCUUCGUUGAAUAACAAUGAUGCUGAUGUUGCUUCUUCGUCGGGCCGGAGUGGCAGAGGAAGGCAGAGUCAAGCUACCAAUCCUUUGACGGUAGGACAAGCAAUAAUGAAGGCCAACUACCACUCCUGCUGCCGACAGUUCUACACCUUACAGGAGCUGAUUGAGUUCAUGACAACCAGGCACCGCGGCUUAACAGCAGAGACGGUGACGAAGGUUUUCAGGGAGAUGUUGAAAAGAAUAAAUGCUGAAAUGUAUCUGAGAGCUGCACAGUAUCACUCUACAGUAAGGAAAAUUGAGCGCAAAAGGCGGGAAUCAGAUGACAAUCUGAGCACUCCUCCUUCUUAGAGGUAUGUUUCGGAAAAUUACUUGGAAAAAAUAUUCAUCAAUAUGAAAUUGAAUCCUUAAUAAAAUGUAAACAAAAACCUUACAAAAAUCCAAAUCGAAUCAAAGAAAAGCAACAUGAGUUUGUGGAUAUCAUAAUCCAAAUAAUAAAGCAAGCACUACUUACUUAGUCGAAGAAGAAGAACCUACACUACCACUUGUUGUACCAUUACUACUCCUCUGAAGACCUCUUCUCUGUGAAGCUCUCAGAUAAGCUUCACCAUUGCGACCGGUUAAAAGUUC